CUAGAAAGGCUAGUGGCUAGCCUGCUAGCCCUAGUCCUCGCUGACCAGUACGCGCUGAAUCGUUCAACUGACCAGUCCGACCUCCGUCCGGGAAAAGCCAGCCGCCACCUGGCAACUGGAGCACGCAACUUCAAAUGGCUUUGUUGUGUAGUGGCUAGCCACUAGUGUAUGUGCGCCCAGGGGUAUCAUAUAAACAAUUGAAAUGCAGCCGGCGGAAAAAUAUGCAAGACUCACUAAUACAAAAAUCAAUAAAAUAAUAUAAGAAAUACUAACCAGACCAGACCAGACAAGCAAUCGUAAAGAAAGUAAAUAAUAUAUAUAGAGACAAUGGAUAUCCCCAGCAGCGGAGCUAUAUUCACCCUGGGGAAGUCCCACCUGGCGGAGAAUACGCAGAGCUACUUCUACAUCAAGAACGAUCCUGUGAAGCGACUGAUUUCCGGUCCCCACCAGAGCGCUGUCAUUUGCGAAUCUGGCCGACUAUUUGUUUGGGGCGAGAACCACUACGGCCAGCUUGGGAUUGGCGGCCAUGGAGGUGCCUCCACCGGCAAGAAGGGUGGGAACAAUAACAACAACAACAACGGAAGCGGAAGCAAUGGGGAUAUUGUCACCAAACCCACCUGUGUGAAGGCCUUGAAAACCCUGGGAUUAAAGAUCUGCGACACCGCCUUCGGCAACAAUUGGGCCGUGAUGCUGACACAUUCCAAUGAAAUAUUCUUCACGGGUCGGAAUAUCUUUCCGGAGGACACCCAUGUGGCCCAGCACUUCAUCACCGUCCAGGUGGACCAGCAGCCGUGCAACAUCAUCCGGAAACCCUUUCGGCUGGAGGAAUUCGACGACUACCUCUCGAAGAGCGAGGAAACGGACAACUUCAUGGCCAUUCAAGCGGGCAACGAGCACUUUGCCGUGUUGACCAGCACUGGCAGGCUCAUCGGCUGUGGGUCGAAUGCCCAAAUGCAGCUGGGAGAGCUGGAGGUGGACUACGAUGGCCAUCCCGUGGAGAUCACCCUGGACGCCCCAGUGCAGCAGUUCGCCUGCGGACCCGAAUCCACUCUGGUGCUGACGGCCAGCGGGAAUCUGUUUCUGACUGGCCACCUCAAUGAGUUCGUUUUUCCACGCUUCACCGAGCUGCAGAAGAAUCUGCCGCCCACGGAGCAGAUCAUCUUCAUGCACAUAUCGAAGACCAGCGAAGUGUAUAUCGUCACCAAUGCGGGAAGCAUCUAUCGGAGCUUCGAGUCCGUGCGGAACAAGAGCCUGGUCUUCCAGCGCUUCUACGACUACGACAGUGAGGAGAACGGUCCCAUCUGGAAGCUGCUGAAGGGAUUCUCCUUCUACGCCGUGCUGAGCAAGGCCAACAAGUUCUUCACGACCUUCUCGGAGAGCGGCCACCAUCUGAAGACCUUCCGCGAGAUCUCCAAGUUCAAGAAUCUGCGUCUGCUGGACAUCGCCGUCGGCGACCAGCACAUUCUGGUGCAGGGCAUCCCACGUUCCUCGAUGUCGUCCGCCUCGGUGGGUGGUUCAGCCGAGCCCCAUCGUUAUAUGAGCAAGAGCUUCGUGCUGCAGCCUCCGGAUACGAAUGGAAACGUCGAGGAGGGCAGGACUCACAGCGCCAGAAGCCUGACCAAACAGAAAAGUGUGGAGGAGCAGGAGGACACACCUCUGGCAGCCACUGUGGGCGGCUUGGCGGUAGCAGCGAGUGCAGGAACAGCGGCUGCCAUGGAGGCAGUGAAGCAUUUAACCAAACAGGAGGAAAAGGCCCAGGAGCCGGAGGAUGAGAAGCCAGAAGAGGAGGAGAAAGCCAUACCAAAGGACAUGGAUGCAAAUGGUAAUGAUGCCUUGAAGGUCAAUGGCAUGGAUCAUGACAAACCCAAGCCAGCGAGCCCUUCCAAAGAUGUGGCCUCUCAACCAAAAGAAUCUCCCAAAGUUGAAAAUCCCGAGCCCCAGCCAGAAGCUCCCAAAGAGCAGCCUGUGGAGGAAAACAUGAAGAUCGAACCAUCAGCUCCAAUGGAAUCUCCCAUCAAGCCAAUGGAAGGCAAGGAAUAUGAAGUGGAAGCCCAGGAAUCAGCAAUGGAAGCAAUGGAAUUAACAGGAGCAAGCAAAGAAUCUCCAGCGAAGCCCUUGGAACUGAACCAGAAGAUGCCCACUCCACCAUCACAUACACCUACGCCUCCGAAGUCAGCAACUGCUUCGAUGGGCUCCCACGACUCCUUACAUACUAUUCAGCCAGCCCAUCCUCCGGAGGAUAAGCAUCUGCGUCCACGCACUCCCUAUCCCGAGAGCAGCGACUCCAGCACCCCACAAACGAUCAAGAAGACACCAAUCCGGAAUUUCUCCUACGAGGCAGCCAUGAACCAUGACCACCUGGAGCGCACCUCGCCAGAGCUGGUAGACAGUCUGGAAACAGUGGAGGAGGUUCCAGCUGCAAUCAUUGCCGUCAACACGCCCACUCCGCCCACCGAGGAGGACGAGCAGUUGGCCGUGGAGAUAACUACCAAGAACGAUUCGAAGGACAGCAGCAAGGUGAUAAACGAGAUACGUUUCAUCAACAACGGAGUGGAUGUCACGGCAAAUGUGGAGGAGCAAAUGGCGGAUACCCCAUUGGAGAGCUCGGUAGAAGACCUGGAGUCCGAUGGGGAGCAGAUUCUGCAGCAGGUGGAGGAGCAUGUGGACAAGAUGGUCACCAAAACCGAAGAAGCGGCAGCAAAGGUGACUGAAGAAGUUAAAGAUUCCAUGGAUUCCACCCGGAAUUCCAUUCAGACAGCGGUGCGGAAGGCAGCGAACGGUGCCCGGGAUGCUGUGGAAGCUGCAGGCGAGCGAAUGGCCACUGGUGCUCGUGGAGCAGUCGAUGCCGUGGGUGAUGCCAUGGGAGCAGCUGGAAAAAGCGCCCAACGAAUGGCUAACGAUGCCAUCCACGCUGUGGGACAGGCUGGUAGCAAUGCGGCGAAAGCCGCCUCGGACACAAAGGAUUCCAUGGGCAGGGCCAUGGACUCGGUGACCAAUAAGAUCUCCAGCGAGGUUCAGGGCGCCAAGGAGAACAUCUCUUCCUUGUUUCAGAUCAAAGCUGCUAGGGAAUCAGAUCCUCAAACCACUCCGGUCUCCACGCCCGACAUGUCCUCCAAGGAGGGCGCUCCAAAGACGAACACCACUAUGGGAUCCGGGGAGGAGGACGAGAGGACAACAGCGUCGGUGAAUUCAAACCACAAUUCGGCGGGCAACGGCCUCAACAACAUCUUCGAGCCGAGCAACCACUUCGAUCCCUACGAGGAGGAUCCCCUGGAUGCGGUGGUGGAGCGCAGCAAGAAGGCCAUGCAGGAUGAUCUGCGAGCCAUGGAACUCCGUGGCACGUCCCACGUGCAAGCGGUGGCCCAAGAAAAGGAGCAGGAGGCGAAGGGAUUCAUGCAGAACGUCCUUGACAGGCUCAAUUGCCGGAACGAAAGGGCGGUGAAGAUAGAAGAUGAAAUGCGCCCACCGGCUCCGCACCACAACAAAAACAAAGUCAACAGCGAGCUGAGUUUAACCAAUGGAAACGGGAAUGCACAGGGCGACCAGGCAACGUCGCGGGUGUGCACUAUUUUAUAAAACUCGCACUAAC